AUGGGAACACACCCUUCCCUGCCGUCCAAGGAUUUCGAGACCCAGAGGACACUGCUCGACCUGGUACAGACGAACAAGGCCCUCAUGUCGACGGAGAUAGUCUCUCGAUACGGUGGAAAGCUGCCCUUUCUCUUCAAGAUUCUGUCUAUCGGCAAGGCGCUCAGCAUCCAGGCCCAUCCGAACAAGAAGCUGGCGGAGACUUUGCAUGCCAAAGACUCGAAGAACUACCCAGGUAUUCAACAACAGGCUUCAUCCGGGACCGUGGGAGUAAACACUCUACUAAAACGUUAUACAGAUGACAACCACAAGCCAGAGAUGACUAUUGCAGUGACUCCCUUUGAGGGUCUCUGUGGCUUCCGUCCGCUCGCUGAGAUCGUCCACUUUCUACGAGCUGUCGAGCCACUGCGAGACCUGGUUGGCAACGAGGCAGCAGAGGCCUUCGAGAAGACCGUCAGCGGCCAGGAGACGACUCAGGAUGAGGAGGCCACGCAGAAGAACAAGGCUGCCCUCAGAGAGGUCUUCACCAAGCUGAUGCAGUCGUCGCCAGAGUCCAUCACCAGCGCUACCCAGAAACUCAUCAGUGCCGCAGAGAGCUCGCCAGACAGCUUUGCUACCUCUUCCUCCUCCCCAGAUACUAACCCAGCCAACCCCUCAGAACUCGCUCAGCUGGUCGUCCGGCUAAACGGCCAGUUCCCCAACGACAUCGGCCUCUUCGUCCUCUUCUUCCUCAACUUCAUCAAGCUUGAACCCGGAGAGGCCAUGUUCCUCAAGGCAGACGACAUCCACGCCUACAUCAGCGGAGACAUCGUCGAGUGCAUGGCUUCAUCCGAUAACGUCGUCCGAGCCGGCUUCACACCCAAGUUCAAAGACGUGUCUACCCUAACCAGCAUGCUCACUUAUUCCUAUGCACCCAUCGAGGAGCAAAAGAUGACCCCCACCGAGUACCCGUACAUGAAGAUGAACACAAUAGCCUACUCAAGCGCAUCGUCGGCCUCGCUGUACGACCCUCCAAUCGAGGAGUUCAGUGUCGUCAAGACCGAUCUCAAGUCUGCCGGUGCUAAAGCAACCUUUGAGCCCAUCAACGGGCCCAGCAUCAUCAUCUGCACCGCCGGCGAGGGCAAGAUCAGCGUCGGUCCAGCCAAGAGCUUUGACAUGAAGGAAGGUCAUGUCUUUUUUGUUGGUGCUACGGCCGAGUGUGUCAUCGAGAGCACCGUCGACGGCAAGGACUUGACCACCUUCAAGGCUUUUUGCGAGCUCGACGAUGGCCCCGUCAACGGCAACCUCUAG